UACAAAUUAUUUUUAUCUAGUUAAUCAAUUAUGAAAUAAGUUUGUAGAGUGUUUACUAUUUUGAAAAGUACCGACGUACACCAUGCCAAUUUUAUGUGAUUAUCUGCGAAAACAUUUUUGAUGGAUGUGAAUGUCGUAUACAUUUUGUACUGUUGUCAUUUCUAAGUGGCGACUGGCAGAGCAGAUGACAAGAUCGUGUGUACUUAUGUCUACUUCCUCGCCGAUAGACAAGUUCGACUGAGUUUGACCUGGGUUUGACGGUGUCGCGAUUCCAAUGGUGAAAACAAGUGUAGCAAUAAAUAGUUGAUCAAUUGAAUACACAACCAUUCAGUAUGAUAGUUUUGUGAUACACGUUUUUCGCUGUGUCGGGUUGUUUGAAGUAUGUUUACUUGAUAGUACCAAUAACUUAAAAAAAUAAUCAGAAUGAGUAAAGAAUCAACCUGCCCAGACGUUGACGUUUUUAUAAGCAAUUACAUUUUAGUGGAUCCUGAUGUAUUUCAGCUAUGGGUUGAUGGAUAUUCAUCUUCAGAUGCAGUCAAUGUAUUACAUCAAAGGGGAGUUGCAGCUCAGAUGGAAGCUACAUUAGAUUUACUGACAUCUGAUGUAUUGGACCAUUUUCGAACAUACAGUCUAUUGGAGAGAUUGCUUCAUAACCCUACUAAGUUGUCUGAGCAACUAGCAUUUCAGAUUGACCCUCAAACCAGGCAGUUUCUAAUAGAAAAGUACUAUGAGUUUGAUGAUGCUGUUAUUCGAGAACUUUUGGGAAAAAAAUUGUCUUCACGUCAUCGGAAAGAUUUGGAUGAAGUGGCAGAUAAGACUGAAGUUCUGUUAAAGUCAUGUCGGCGUCAAUUUGACAACAUAAAAAGAGUGUUCAAAGCAGUUGAAGAAAUGUCUGGAUCCAUUGUACAGAACAUACGAACUCAUUUCCUUUUACCUGAGGAACUUGCAAGGCGUUAUGGAGCUGUGGUGUUUUUGGGUUGCAUGCGUUUUGAAACUGGCAAGCGAAAGUUACAGUACCUGACCUUUUCUGACUUCCAUCAUUGUGCCCAGUCAAUUAUGGUUCAGUGGACAUAUGGAGAGUCAAAUCCUGAUUAUAAUGAGACUGAACUGGAUCGUGAAUUCUUGUUAGAAUUGAGAGAUGUGCGUAUCCUUAUUGACAAGGACAAGGAACAUAAACAUUUAGUGUGUGCACGUCUACGACCACAACUUCUUGAACGUACUCUGGCAGAAUUGGAUACAAAUUUUCGAAGUUAUUCCCGGGCUCUUGUGAGUUUGGCUUGCAAUAUGCAUCGCACACGAGAACUUCGUUUGCUCUUUAUCGAGCUUGUUGAAAGAUGUUUGGAACCUUGGCGUCUUGCUAACUGGUCACUAGCAGAUCUCCGAAACUUUCUUGCUACUUAUACUCAGUGUGCUCUUGAAAUGGAUGUUCUGAGGGAAGCUGAAGUGAAGAAAGCAUGGGAACGUUACAUGAAUGUCAUAACAGUGUGUGCAUUGCGCAUGUACCAUACGUAAGCAAACUUUUUUUUUUAUAUAUUGAAUGGACAUUGGACAUUCUUAAGUGUUUGUGAACCUAGAAUAUUUUAGUACGCAAGUGCAAUACAAUGUGUUUAUGUGUGUUUUAUGAAUGUAUAGUACAAUUUUAUAUGAAGGACAAUGUUGUGUGCCACAUCUUCCAUAUCUUAUGUGAGAGUGCAUUCAGUGCCUAUAUUUUAAUGUAAAGAAUAAUUUUAUCUGGAAAUCCUUUUUUUUUAUAUAUAAAAGGCAUAAAAUGUCUUCAAAUGUGAAACUUUUAACUUGUCUUAUGUCUAUUUUCUUCUUUUCAUCUUUGUGUAAGAAAUGUAAUAUUUGUCAAAGGAAAUUAAUGUGAAAAUAGAAAUUGUUUACAUUUCAUUAAUUGUUACUCGUAAAUAAUUUUGCUUUGCAUGAACUUAUCAAUGUGUUGGUUUCUGAACAACCAGUUUUCCUUCUUAUUAAUGAAAGUUUUUUUUUGAUUGCUUUAAAAAUAAUGCCCUCUAUUUUUUUAUUUCCCUUCUAUGUGUUUCCAUUUUUUCUCUUUUCUAUGGUUUUCAAUUUCACUUUGCAGAUUUUUCACUUUUUAAGAGCACAGUCUUUGGAUGAGUAAGUGUCAGAAGUCCAAUAUUGUUUGAAAUGUAAAUUAUGAGUUUCUGAUUAAAUAUGUGACUAAAGGUAGGUAAUAAAUGUGUACAUUUCAAUGUAUAGGGGCUGUCAAGUAAAUAACAAACAAUCUUAUCAAUUAUGAAAAUGAUGCGUUUAUCCAUUAACAAUUUCCAUUCAUAUUCUCAGAUUUGCUUACUAUCAUUUUGUUUUAAGAAAAAAUUAUUCAUGAUGCUGUGAUAAAGUGACUUAAUGAUUUUAUAUCUUUUUACUUUUUAUAUCUUUAGAAAAUGAACAAUUUUUAAUGGACAUGUGUGGAUUCUUUCCUAGAAAUGUUCACGUUUGUUGGAAUCACAGUAUUAGAUUUUGUCAGCUUGUGCACCAAGUAAAUGUAAUAAUGUUUUGUUAGCUAAGCUUCUACAUUAUUAUUGUCUUACAAGUUGUACCAAUCUUCUUUGUGCUUGAUGCUUGAGAGUUUUGUUGAUGUCAUCAAUGGCUUUGUCAUGGGGAAGCUGUUGUUAUAGCUAGUCAAUUACUUAAUCUUUGUUCCACGAAGUCGGAGUGAACAAAGGCAGGGGUAGUGCAAAAUGCACCUUGCUGUGGUCUUAUAGCAAGCAUCUGGCAACAAUAUGUAGUAAUGUUGUCUCCUGGGAGGCUCAGCUUUCACGCACAAAGAAAAUUGAUAUGAUAUACAAUAGUCAGGAUGGGAUCAAAAUGUGAAGUAGCACUUGUUUGAAGGUAUGCGCUUUCUUCAUUGGACAUGUAAUCAAUGAGUCAUGUGUUUUUAUAUAUUAUUAUAAUUUAAAUAAUUGAUUUUGAAUGUUAGUGAUGUUCAUUUGACAGCAACUAUAACCUAACUCUUGUUACAUGAAAGAAGGGGAAAUGGUAAGCAUUAUAACAAGUAAGUACAAAUGUACCAGCAUAUCAGAGUAGUUCCUUCUAUUUAGGUGUAAGAAAAAACAAUUCAUCAACAUAUUUUUCAGUACUUUGAAGGUGGUUUUAUUACACCUUGGUUUCUUUCUUUGUUUUCAGAUAUUUAGCAAGUUUUUGAAUGUACAAUAUCGGUUGCUGGCCUGCCCUGAAACUUUUUGAAAAGACAAGAAAUAUCCAAGAUAUAGCAGACCCAGCAUUUAGAUGGCCCUGACAUAACCUACUUUCGAAAGUGUGAUUGUAAAAUUCAUUGUAUCUGGAAAAUAAGAAUUCAACUAGACAUGCUGAUAGUUUGAUCAUACUGUGCUUGAUGUACGUAACAAUGAACUGUGAUUUUGUAUUAAUUUUCAAUUGAUAAAUAUAUAUAUGUAUACAUAUUUCUUGAAGAUUUUCGUGUGUGCAUGAUAUUGCACCACACCAGUAUGCAAAAGGUUGUAAUAGAUUUUAAUCUUUUUUUAUUUUUAUUUACUUUCUUUGUAUCAGAAAUGUAACAAAAUUCUUUGUAACUUGUGCAAGAUAUGAAAAAAUGUGCGCAGGUAUGUGUUGAUAUUGAGGUGUUUAAUUGUUUGCAUAUUGGUCUGUUGUUUACUUUCUCCAUUUCAGUUGAUGAAUUACAGUACUUUUGAAUUUCAUUUGAUGAAAUCACUAGUAUCGCAAGUUUUCGUGAAUAGUUUUCCCAACUGUAAGGCAAUUGAGGUGCAGAACAACCCUGCAUCUAAUGGCAAUAAAUUGUGUGAGCUUAGUGAAUAUUGUGGAAACGAAAAGAGAUGUUUAGAGUGGUGUCAUCUGCAAAAUCUUGUUCCUAACUGUUAAUUGUUGAUUAUGCAUUGAGAAGACUCGAUGUUUUAUGCUAAUUGCGUUAGCUCAAAACUAGUAACUUGGACAAGCAUAGUUAAGUGUCUAAUUACAUUAACAUUUUUGAGGUUAUUAAUAUAAAACCAUUUUACUCCUUAGUAUUUUUGUAAAUGCUUACAAAAAUACAUCAGUUCUGUUAUAUUGACUAAAUCAAUCCACACUUUAACAAUCCAAGAGCUUGGAAAAAUAUGGGGUUGUCUUGUAUUUACAGAUUAAGAUUUGUCGGUUAGGAUUUGUUUUUACAUUGCCAUUCCAUGUUGUGAAACUUGUAAAUGUU